GUUUCGACGUAGAAAGUAGUUGCUACGCCCCCGUGUUCGUCCUCCCAUCCCCCCUCGCUCUCCUCUUAUAGUUCGCCCUCGUCCUCUGUCAUUCCUCGUCAGAGAUCCGCUCAUCCUCUCUCAUCUCAUCUUCUUUGACCACUUGGCCUCCUCUUCCUCAUCUGUACCCUUCUCAUACGACGAUUGCGCCACCAUUUCGGCGACACCAGUGAAAGCUGCAGCGAAUCCCCGUCAGUUUGUGCUACAGCCAACUUUGUAUGAUUGGAGUCUCCUGACAGCAGCUACAUAAGCCGACAGCAACUGCUUUGCCUUGCUGACCAAUCUCAGAAGGAACAACAAACGGUCUCCUGGCCAGCUUCGCUUCGGACAACAUAGUUGUCGCAACCUUCUACUCUGAGGGACAUGUUUGAUAGAAGAUCAUCAAUGGAUUUCGAAUCUCAGCAUGAGGAAUCAUUGUCUGAACUCGCAUUCGCCAUGGAACUCGAAGAUGGUGCCGAAAGGACCUGUCCCCUUCUGGACCUGCCACACACAGGAGAAGAAGUGAGAUUCCUUCAAGCUUCCAUGUUCAAUCAGAGCACAAGAGACCAUUGGAUCGAGGAGAUGUCGGACUUCGAAAUCGCCCGAGACAAUCUGGAGUUGGAAGUCCCCGAGUGCCGUUCCCCGGCGUGCUUCUUUGAAGAGCUGUUUGAAUGUUCGUACAAGUCCCCGGGAGAUCGGUCGCCCAACAGCGUCGCUGACAUCGCAUCGAGCGCGGGCGCCUGGACCCCGAAAUUGGACUUCUGUGAGUUUUCUGUCCAUGUUCACAAGAGACAAAAUGCGUCAGAGUCGGGCAAAGGAAGGCAAGGAGACGCGGGGGGGCGAGCGCUGCUGGCCAAAGUUGAAAACCUUCUCAAGGGGAAAGUGAUGCCAGAGCCUUCCUGGUACGAGCCAAUGAGGAUUUGCAUGCCCCCUCCCAUCCCGACUCGUUUCCCCAAGGUCAAGAAGUUGGUGUUUGACGACGAGGACCUGUUCAAGAUCUAUAAGAGGAGGAACCCAGGGUACAAAGACGAACCCAUGAUGAUGGACGAAAUGGCGAGAAAGACAGGAAAGUUGACCAGGCACUUCAGAUUCAUCAAGAAGUGGCGGGCGCUCAUGGAGCAAGGGAUGGAGCAGGAGGAGGCGUACAAAGCGGUGGAUCAGGAGAUUCGCGCGGAAGAGCAAGAGGAGUACAAGAGGGUGGAAGCGAAGAUUCUGGAACAGUUGAAGUCAGGACAGGGCAUCCCAAUCAUCAACUAUCGAUUCGAGCAGGAUCUGCAUUAUGUGAAAGAAGCACUGGAUUAUCACAAGAAGAAUUGGGAGGCAAAGAACGCCAAGGAAGAAACAUGA